AUGGGAGAAACUGAGAAAAGAAUUGAAACUCAUAGAAUAAGAUGUCUUUCCAAGUUGAAGAUGUUUCUGUUGGCAAUAACAUGUGCGUAUGUAUCCAAAACACUAUCCGGAUCUUAUAUGAAUUCCAUGCUCACACAAAUAGAGAGACAGUUCAACAUCCCAACAUCUCUAGUUGGAUUUAUUAAUGGAAGCUUUGAGAUUGGAAAUCUUUUGUUGAUUAUAUUUGUGAGUUAUUUUGGAACUAAACUGCAUAGACCUAUAAUGAUUGGUGUUGGCUGUGUGGUUAUGGGCCUUGGGUGUUUCUUACAAUCACUACCUCAUUUCCUCAUGGACCGAUAUGAAUAUGAAUCUACAGUUUCAGUUUCUGGUAAUUUGUCCUCAAACAGUUUCUUGUGUAUGGAAAACGGAACCCAGAGUUUCAAACCAACAGAAGAUCCAUCAGAAUGUGUGAAGGAAGUUAAAUCAUUAAUGUGGGUGUAUGUACUAGUUGGAAAUAUUAUACGUGGAAUUGGUGAGACUCCCAUCAUGCCUUUGGGUAUUUCCUACAUAGAGGAUUUUGCCAAAUCUGAAAACUCUCCUUUAUAUAUUGGGUUUAUAGAAACAGGAGCUAUCAUUGGUCCUUUGAUUGGACUUUCGUUAGCGUCAUUCUGUGCAAAUGUUUAUGUUGACACUGGAGCGGUGAACACAGAUGAUCUGACCAUAACUCCCAUUGAUACUCGUUGGGUUGGUGCAUGGUGGUUUGGCUUUUUGGUUUGUGCAGGGGUGAAUGUGCUUACUGCCAUUCCUUUUUUCGUUUUGCCCAAAACGCUUCCAAAGGAAGGACUAGAGGAUAUUGCUGAGACCAUUAAAAAUGACAAAGAAGAGAAACAAAGCGAAGUCAGGAAGAAAAGGGUUGGAAUCACUAAAGAUUUUUUACCAUUCAUGAAAAGUCUUUUGUGCAACCCAGUUUACAUGCUUUUCAUACUAAUAAGUGUGCUGCAAUUCAACGCAUUUGUCAAUAUGAUCUCCUUCAUGCCUAAAUAUCUGGAACAGCACUAUGGAAAAUCAGCUUCAGAUGCAAUCUUUCUCAUUGGUAUUUAUAACUUACCUCCAAUAUGCAUUGGAUAUAUAGUUGGUGGUUUAAUUAUGAAGAAGUUCAAGAUUACUGUCAUACAAGCUGCCCACAUAGGAUGUUGGUUAUCUUUAAUUGAGUACCUUCUCUAUUUUUUGUGUUUUCUCAUGAUCUGUGAUAAUUCUUCAGUUGCUGGCAUAACCACCUCUUAUGAAGGAGUGCAACAAGAUUUACAUGUGGGAAAUGGCAUCCUUGCUGACUGCAACAUGGAUUGUAACUGUCCAACUAAAAUAUGGGACCCUGUAUGUGGAAAUGAUGGUUUGUCAUACAUGUCAGCUUGUCUUGCAGGUUGUGAGACAUCCUCUGGAACAGGAAUAAACAUGGUGUUCCAAAAUUGUAGCUGCAUUCAAACACCAGGAAAUUCAUCUGCAGUUCUUGGGCUAUGUGACAAGGGACAGGACUGUUCCAUGAUGCUCCAGUACUUUUUAAUCUUGUCGGUGGUCAGCAGUUUCAUCUAUUCUUUAUCUGCCAUCCCUGGAUAUAUGGUUCUCCUGAGGUGUAUCAAGCCUGAAGAGAAGUCUCUUGGUGUGGGAUUACAUGCAUUUUGCACAAGGGUAUUAGCUGGAAUUCCCGCACCUAUAUAUUUUGGAGCUUUAGUGGACUCCACAUGUUUACACUGGGGUACUUUGAAAUGUGGUGAGUCAGGGGCAUGUAGGAUAUAUGAUUCCACCAACUUCAGGUAA